AUGGACGAAUCCAAUGGAUUUAAUGGAGCCACAUUCAACCUUCACAUUGGCCCUUCGAAAAAUUCAUUCUUAGUUCACGCAGAUAUUGUCUCUUGGCAUUCCAAAGUACUUCAACGACUCAUCGAUGGAACUUUCAAAGAGAGUACCGAGAGCUGUGCUGAGCUCCCAGAAGUCGAGCCAGACACAUUCAGACAAUUUCUUGCAUAUGCGUAUGCCAGGUCUAGCAGCACUCCAGAGAACGAGGUUGCUGAGAAGCCUAAGGCAACACAGAAAUUGUCACCAAGCAAAAUCAUUGAGCUUCUUCUUGCGAAUGGGUACGGCAGAUUCCGGUGCCAAAAGCCGAGCUGUGUCGCUAUAAACAAGCUGAAAUCAUCCUUGACUUUCCCGCUGUGUGACACUUGUUCUCAAGUUAAUGAUUGUGUAUGGCGAUCAAAAUCCCGCUGCGUCGUGCCUCAGUGCUUAAGACCAGCUGAAUACUGUCAAAGUCUUCUGUGCGGACAGUGCAUGUUGAGCCUGAGCCUACCGCUCCAACAGGGCGAAUGGUGGACAUGGGACGGCCGCCUCAUGCCUGAAGCGGUUGAAGUCAUCUUCUUCAGGGUCCCCGAACGGUUCGAAGACUUUGCCAGCUACUGCUUCGACGUACCCUUGCGCGUCACAGAGGUUUUAGAAGCUAGGAGGGACCUUUUUGUACCGUUUCCAUCAUCCGCCAGUCUAUUCGACAUCACCAGAUACGCCAUAUUUGCAGACAUCUAUGAUGUCGAGCCAUUGGCGCAAGCUGCUUUCAUGAUAUUCUACCAGAAGCUGAGUGACGAACCUCUGGAUGCGGAAAGCAUUUCGACGAUUUGUGAGCUUGCAAAUACUGUGUACGACAAUACACCCAACUCUUUCACAGAUGGUUCUCUCCAAGAGAAGCACGUGCUCCGAAGAAUGUUAUCUGAAUUCGUCGCGGUCUACAGCGUCUCGUUCACAGAAUCCAAAAGCUUCAUGAAACUCUUGUCUCAAGGUGGAGAUUUUGCAAGUGAUCUAUUUCUUGCCGCUGCCCAAUGCAGUCGGCUAUGA